AUGGACCAAGUCAUUGAUCGACAAGAUCCCGAGACGAGGGAAAGCCAAGAAACCCAAAUCCGACAACUCCAGACCAUUCUUCAACGGAUGCCUCGCAACUUUCCUACUACGCCCAACCAUGUCGACUCAGCCUACAAAGAUUUCACCAAAUACAAGGAGCAAUGUGCUACGCUAUGUCGACAUAUUCUCACAGAAGAACUCGGUCGCGGUUCUCGUAAUGGCGGCGACCUGCCCCGCCGUGACUCAACCGUAGAAUCUCCGCAAAGUCCUAGCCAGAUCUACGAUACAAGGAGUUCCUUCAGUGGGAGAAGUCUAGCCGAGGUUGUCUCUGGAAGUGUUGGAAAGAGUAUACACCACACUGAUGCCUGGCUGACCUCUGUGCGCGACUGGAAGAACUACCUCGAGUCCCUUGCCGAUGCCUGCCGGACGAGCCUAAUUGAGACCUACAAGAACAACGAGCGCGAUGCAACGCCGGAACAAGUGGAAGCCCUGUUCACGAAUAAGCGUUUUCGAAAGGAGGCUGUGCAGCGAAUGCGCAAUGCCAGUGUAACCCGGGUCAUGUCGGCAGAUCCCCAAUUCUUUCCAAAAUAUGAAAUGCGCUUUUACGAUUACGAGAGAAUCAAGCAGGAGUUGAACGAGAUUCGACAGCUUUUGCAAACAGGAGAGUCUGGCAUCUCACCUGACCGGACCAUCAAAGAGUUUGCAAUCUCGCAGCGCGGCGAUGCUAUACUAGAGUUCGCCAACAAUGCGCCUGGAUGUAACCACAACGAUCCAGCACUACGUUUUCGUGUCUCGUCUUACAUGCUCGCUGAGACGUCACCUAUCUUUGCGCGCAUGUUUGCAGGGCACUCCAGCAGUCUUCACCUUUACGACGAUGACGAUAUAUCGACACUGCUCCCGUUACCCCCAACAAAAUAUUUCUGUAAGGAUGGCUCCGAAGCCAAGCUUUACCGCAUGCCGCAGGUUGAGUUGAACCACCUGGGUUCUCUGGAGAUUCUAUUACACGCAGCACACAUGCAUAACGAAAUGGUUCCACGAGAAAUCGAGUUCGAGCAGUUCGUUGCUAUCGCCGAGUGUUGCAUGCGAUACAAGAGUACUUCACCUCUGGAACUCAUCGUUGAACAUCGAUGGCUGCCACAAUGGAUGCACAAGGGUGCUGAUGACAUGCCUGAUGGGCUCUUGGUCAUCAGCUACGCAUUUGGACUCCGUCGACUAUUUUCCCGCAUGUCGAAGACUACGAUUCUGAACCUUGUGGAUGAGAAAGAGCUAUUAGCUAAACCCUGGCCACAGAAAAUCAGGGAUAAAAUAUGGGCAGUUCGUUGCGCGAAGAUGGCACAAAUUCACGAAUGUUGCGUCAGUACUAUCCGAGAAUACAUGCGGGAACCAACACACAAUACGUUGGAAGGCUCAGAAGAGCUUCCAUUAGAUACAAGAGCCAGCUUUUCCUCGGACAGUUUACCACCGACGAUGCUGACGAGUACACCAAGAUGUCCCAAGGGCAGCCAUUGGUGUGACGCCACGAACCUCGGAUGGCUGAUGCUACUUUACAAUGAGAUGAACCUCCUGCCUCAUAUCAUGGCGCCAGAUGUUUUGUCUCAUUUACCGAGGACACAGCCACAGUCGAAGAGUUUGGCGCAGAUCGUGGAUGCCUUGAGAAGGAUUCCUACGCCGCCAACACCAGUCCAUCGAGGGGUGUGUGAUCCUGGGCCCAUGUUUCGCUCUGCUAUCAGUGAUAUUUAUAAUAGCGUGCUUGGCCUGACACUAUUUGACAUCAGUGGGAAGAGCCACGGUUGGGGACUCUCGAAGCACAGAGAACGAGAACCUCAAACCCAGCUCAACAAAGGCCUUGAUCGAAUGGCUGCACCCGACCCGAACUACAGCGUUGCUACCGAGUUCCCCGAGAUUGUUCGCCUUCGUAUCUUAUGUCAACUAGACGAAAUCGACGAUCUUCACACAGCAGCCAUGAUCAACCGCGCAUACUAUGAGACCUACAAGAAGCAUGAACUGUAUCUAAUGAGAAACAUUCUCCGCAUGGAUCGCAAACGAACAGCGACUCGCAGCCACAUACCAAUCGGUCCUACCACCAACGAAGAGAAGGUUCUUAGAGAUGAAUCGGAAGUGUUGAAGCGCACGCCAGCGGAUACUGCAGACGGCAUCACUCUUCACAGCGUUGUUGAAACAGAAGGAGACUACACAGACUCCGACUCGGACAGUGAUAGCCUUUAUUCAACUUCAGUGACUCGAUCAGCUGCUACUACAAGCACAACCAUCAGGGGCCGUGAUUACCAGGGAUCGUCAGACCCUGCGCGGAUCACGGAUAGCCCCGCACGGACACCACGGGCCCGGACCGGGACACCCACGUCAAGAUCCACUGGCAUCGGAUCUCCGACGACCCCUCGGCAGGCCGUAUUUGACCCACCACCGCUUCCGACCACGGCACCACCACCUAUAACCACAAUCGACGAACCUCCUCUCACAGUUGAGGAAGCAAACAGGAUUCUUUGGCCAGAAGACGCCAUCCGAGCUUCCGAGUCACCGUUACCAAUAGGCCCGACAGGUAUAGAAGGCAUUCGCGAAAAGUUCCGCGCCGGCGAUCCCGCGUUUGACGCGGGCCUUGAAGAGAAGACCCUUGUGCCGACUGGCGAAAAGCAGCUCCGAAGUGAACAUGACAGACAGGUUGGACUACUGAAAGGUGGUGAUCCUUCAAGUAAAUGA